CCAUAGACAAAAAAAAACUGUCAAAUUCUUGCUUGUUGCGGGUUGUUGUGGUUAUGUUCGCAGAAUUUUACUGAACAAAUUGUGCUUUUUUUCAUUCCAUUUUUAACCGAAAAGUCUCUAAAUUAGUACGUUGUGAUUUAUAAGUACUGCAUAAGUACCAAAAUGUGUCUCAUAUGACAUUAGUUUUGUUGAACGGACAAGGGAACUGAAGAUAUAAAUAAUAUAAUUUCACCCGAGGAUAUUUAGCUGCGGAACUUCCAAAAUGUUCCAAAAACCAACUUUUGGCAGCACCACAUCUGGGUUUGGGUCGUUCAACGCGACUCCAUCCACCUCGUCUCCGUUCGGCGGCUUCAAGCCUCAGGCCACGACCAGCGCGUUCGGCGCCGCGCCCGCCUUCGGAGCCUCCGCCGCGCCGCAGCCCGCGCAGACUGGCAGUUUCUUCGGCGCGCCCGCAGCGAACACCUCCGGCCUGUUCGGCUCCACGGCCCCCGCCGCCUCUUCAUCCUUCGGCGCGCCCGCCUCCUCGGGGUUCGGGUUCGGGGGCAGCGCGGGGGGCGGCCUGUUCGGGGGGCAGGCGGCCGGGGGCGGGCUGUUUGGGACGCCGCAGCAGCAGACGACGAGUGCGUUCGGGGCUAAGCCUGCUGGCUUCGGCUUCGGCAGCACCCCGGCAGCCGCCACGGCCUCCACCGGCGUGUUCGGCGCCGCCGCGCCCGCGCCCUCGCUGUUCGCGCCCGCCCAGAACACCGCCAUGGGCGGGGGCGGCUUGUUCUCUAACACUGCUGGUGCGUUUGGAGCCACCACAGCGGCUCGCGGCACGGCGCACGUCAAGUAUAACCCCGUCGUCGGUACUGAUGUGAUGGUGAAGAGCGGGACCUCCCAGAAUAUCAACAUCAAGCACCAUUGCAUCACUUGUAUGAAGGAAUACGAGAGCAAGUCUCUAGAAGAGCUCCGCCUAGAGGACUACUUGGCGGGCAACAAGGGCGCGCCCGCCGCCGCCGGCGUGUUCGGCGCCGCCAAGCCGCUGUUCGGGGGCUCCACGGCCUUCGGUCAGCCGGCCACGACGGCCGCUCAGCCCACCAGCGUGUUUGGGGGCGGCGGCUUCGGGCAGACCACCAUGGGGCAGAACAGUACGUUCGCGUUCGGCGCGAGCACGCAGCCCACGAACAGCUCCACCAACCUGUUCGGAGCCAACAAGCCGGCCUUCGGAGCCACCGCCACGCCAGGCACCACGGGUCUGUUCGGCGCGGCGACGACGCAGGCGCCCGCGUUCGGUGCCACCAACACGUCCACGUCGUUCGGCUUUGGGGCCAACACUCAGAAUCAGUCCACAGGCCUGUUCGGCGCCAAGCCAGCGACGACCGGCUUCGGGGCUCCAGCAGCCAGCGGCUUCGGCAGCUUCAGCAGCGGCGGGCUGUUCGCCAACAAGCCCGCCACCGCCACUGCGCAGCCCGCACCAGCGUUCGGCGCAGCAGCCCCCGCGUUCGGCGCGCCCACGUCCACGGCGGGCUCAUUAUUCGGCAACUCGGCGUUCGGCAAGCCCGCCCAGCCCAGCUUCGGCUUCGGCAGCCAGCCCGCCACUGGGCUCGGUGGCGGCCUCGGCGGCGGUCUCGGCGCCACCUCCUUCCAGGCCAAGCCGGGCGGCGGGUUCCCCUCGCUCAACACGUCAGCUCCCUCGCUGUUCGGCGGACAGGCCAAUACGACGUUGAAUUUUAAUACCGGCGGCUCCACGGGUCUCGGCGGCGGUCUGGGCGGGGGCCUCAACUUCGGCAACACGUCCACGCUAGGCCAGCCGUCGCUCGGCCUCGGGAACACCAACCCCAUGGGGGGUAUGGCUAACACCACAUUCCAGAGCUCCUCAUCUGGCGCUAAUGUCCACGAGCAGAUCCUGACGCUCGCCGCGCGCCCCUACGGGGACUGGCCGCUGUUCAAGGACUUAGUACCUGAGCCUACAACAUCAGCAGAAGACGUCCUCAAGCCCACCAAUCCGGCGGCAGUGAAGGCGGUAUUAGACAGCAGCGGCUACCGAGUGACGUCACCAGACUCGUCGCGACUGAAGCUGCAUCCGAGGACUAAUCACCAUGAUAAGAAAUCCCUGUUCGACGGUCUCGAAGAAUCGGACGCGUCGCUAGAAGACAAACUCAGUCUGAAGCCGAGUCGUAAGCGCCUCGUGCUGCGCCCGCAGCAGAGCAGGAACGUGGAAGAGAACAACAGUAGCACGCCCGGACACACCGCCAGCCCUGGACACAGAUCGCUAGAAGACGCGUCCCUAACCAAGGAGCCGUCGGGUGCGACAGAGAGGCCCACGAGUGCGAGCGAGACGCAAGAGCAGCGCGCCAAGCCGUUUGAAGACGUGCGUGGGAUUAAUACUGAUUUAGAGGAGUCUUCGGAACGCCACAACAGCUGGCUAAGCUCGUCCAAGCUCCCGUGGAACGACUCCAAGGAGAAGCCGGUGGACAACCAGCCCACGCCGAGACUGUAUCCUGACUUGGCAGCAGAACAGCUAGCGGAAUCGGACCGUCGCGCCAGCUGGCUCACCACCAAGCCGCUGCGGAAGAAGUCGACCGUUUCAGAACCGGACGACCGGUCCGUCCGGGAACUGAGGACCGGACGCGGCGGCGAUCAGGAGAACGAGGAGAGGCUGUCCGUGUCAGAAGAAGAAAACGUGUCACCCCGUGAAUGCCCCCCGCACCCUACUGGGGUCAAGCUGACUAGACCUGGAUACUACACCGUGCCGUCUCUAGAUGAUAUGAUAAGCUACAUCCGCCCGGACGGUCGCUGCGUGGUCCCGCACCUUACUAUAGGUCGCACUAACUACGGCAACGUGUACUACGACGGAGAUAUCGACGUCACCGGCCUGGAUCUAGACGCACUAGUCCACUUCCUCAACAAGGAAGUGAUGAUCUACCCGUCGGACGCUGACAAGCCGCCAGUGGGCGAGGGUCUGAACCGGCGCGCCGUGGUGACGCUGGACCGAGUGUGGCCCACCGAUAGGACCGAGCGCCGCGCCGUCACCGACCCCAACAGGCUAUUGAAGAUGGACUACGAAGGCAAGCUGCGCCGAGUCUGCGAGAAGCACAACACCAAGUUCAUAGAGUACCGCCCGGCUACUGGCAGCUGGGUGUUCCGGGUGGAACACUUCAGCAAGUACGGUAUCACGGACUCUGAUGAAGAAGACGACAUCACUCCCGAGGUGAUGAAGAGACAACUCGUCACCGAGUCUCUGCAGAAGAACGCUGCUCCAGCACAAAAGCACCUCCCCCCCGCCCCCGGUCUCGGGGGUCUCGGCGGGCUGGCCGCCCCCGGAGACAGCCUGUUCCAGAUGCAGCAGUCCACGCUGAACCUACUCAAUGGCGCUGGGAAAGCCUUCGAAAUGGACACCACAGAAGACAAUGACAUCCCAUCCCUGUAUCCUGAAAUCAACAGAGCGUACGGUGUUAAGAGCCCUACGAGCGAGCUGGCGCGAUUAGAGAAUCGACACAGCCACAGCGUGCAACUUAUGAAGGCCUCUCUAUACGCAGAUACUGAAAUGGAAGAAGACGACAUGUCAGUGUCGACCGGCGACCAGCUGGUGCCCGUGCCGCCGGUGUUGCUGGCCGUGUCGCCGCGCGCCCCCCCGCCCGCGCGGGAGCCCGACGCGGGGGAGGGGGCGUCGCCCGCGCCGUGUAAGGACGAACUUUGUAAAAUUAAAUGUUUUUUUUCAGAAGUGGAGCUGCGCCCUCUGGACGUGAGGCCGCACACCAUAGUGCUCAAAUACCACCGGAAAGUGCCUCCGUUCAAGCUCACUAUAGCAGGUGAACUGGGAGCAUCCUGUAUAGCCGACAUGUCCAUCUGCCGCGCGCGCCACUCGCGCGUCGGGCACGGGCCCGGCAACACGCUGGUCCACGCCACCAGUGCCGCCGCCAGCGAGCUGCCGCCAGUGGCAGACUUAUCCCAACUGGGCGACUACGUGGCGGGCCGAGGCGAGAACGACUGGAGCGAGGCGGUUGUGAACCGUAUCGCCAUCGGACAGUCGGCGCCAGGGCGGAAUCUCAAGGACGAGUUAUCCGCUCCACUAGACAUCCUACUCGACUUCUCGACAUUCAAGUCUGAAGACAGUCGGCAGUUAGUCGUACGUGACUCACCCGCAGACCGACGCGAGCUGCUGAGGAAGCUGAGCCAAGCGUUUGCGGGCUCCAACCCGUACCGCCAGGAAGUGUGGCAGCUGUGUGAGGCGCUGUGGGGUGCUGAUUUGGACAAUGAUGGAGUACCCGGCACGGACCCUCAAUCCAUAGUGGACCGGCACAACGCUCUGCUACAGUGGCUGCUGGCCAGAGGAGUUGACGUCACCGCACCAGCUGAUGACAAGAACUCGCACACAGCUCAAAUCUACACGCUGCUGUUGGGCGGGCGGCUACUGGAGGCGUGCAAACUGGCUCGAGAGAGCGGCGACCUGAACAUGGCCGCCAUAUUGGCUCAGGCUGGAGGCGACGCAGCCUUCCGCUCCCUCCUCUCCACACAAAUUCAGUCGUGGCGCGCGAGCGGCGCCGACAGCCUGCUCUGUGACAUGCGUCUGCGCACUCUGGAGACGCUGUGCGCACGCGCCGCCCCGCGAGGCAGGCACUGGCUGCAUGCGUUGGGAGCCACCGCCAGAUACAUAUGCCCGCAAGUCUCAUCCCUGGAACAGAUCAUCCGCAAAUACUCCUCAAUGUUCGCUGUCGACUCUGCCGAUGAUACCGAGGAUGUGGACCUGACGGUGGUGAGAGAAGAGAAUAGUGAUAUGCUGUACCCGCUGCCUCCCUACCAGGAUAGCUACGCUGUUGGGGUCACUCAGAACGGCAAGAAACGUCGUGUGUUAGACCUCCGCUACGAGUUGAUACGGGCGCGCGCGUUCCACGAGCGACCCAAGUUGCAGCCCGCCGCGCAUACACCCGACCCGCUCGACUACUCGCUGUGCUUCCUCCUCGGCGCGUGGUUCGGCUGCCCCUCGGCGGAGAGCAUCACCGGCUACUCCCAGCAGCUGGAGGCAGCGGGGGCCUGGCAGCACGCCGCCGCCGCGCUCGCCUACCUGUCUAGGGACAACCUUCGCUCCCGCCUGAUCCAAGACGUGUUGUCCCGCAACGCGCCUUCUUCCCUCCCUGAGGCAGUCACCUCGCUGCUUCAAAGGCUGCGGGUGCCGGUGGAAUGGCUGCGCGAAGCUCAGGCCGCAAGGGCCAAGUACGAGCACAAGCCGAAGCUAGAAGCGGAACACCUGCUAGCCGCGGGGCGCUAUAACGAGUCCCAUCGGGUGUUGUUGGACGAACUGCUGCCCUCCACUGUGUUAGCAGACGAAGUGGACAGUAUAGCGCACAUACUAGAACAGCUGAACGAGGCGGCGAGACAGCACAAGGUGCACGGCUGGGAGAAGGGCGGCGCAGCACUGUACCACUACCUGCAUGUGUGUACACAGAUCCGAGAACUAGCGUCAACCCCGUCGUCCCAACGCCCCCUGGCGGUGGAGAGCGGGCUGGAGGCGCUGCGGCCGCGCGUCGCCGCCGCGUGCCGCGCGCUCGCCCCGCUGCAGCCCAAGACUCCAGCCCAGUGUGCCGCCCUAACGGAGCUGGGCGGGCGGCUGGUGGCGUGGGGCGCGGCGCGCGCGCUGGCCGCCGCGCUGGCGCAGCUGAGGUUGCCGCCGCACGCCACGCACCAGCCCAUGCUUAAGCUAAUCACCGAGCUGGCCGAACAAGCAUCAGAAGCCUGCGCGGAGUCCGCGUCAGACAUGUUGCCCCGUCGCGGCGCGCAGGAGAUAAGCAGUUGAGACACACACAUAG